GUGGUGUGUGGUGUCUGAGGUCUGUCUGGGUGUGAGUGUGUGGUGUCUGAGGUCUGUCUGGGUGUGAGUGUGUGGUGUCUGAGGUCUGUCUGGGUGUGAGUGUGUGGAAUGUUCUCGUGUUGGUUUAGUGGUUUAGUGUUGAACACGAUCCACUGCUUUAACAGUGAUGUGGAAACCCCGGGUUUUUAAUCCUGAUCCUUUUUUCUGCUCCUCUUCACACUGCAGCUUCCUGAGCUUCAAACUUUCUCACGGUUUUUGGGAGAUUUAGGUUCAGAGAAAUAAAACCACAAUUCUCUUUCAUCUUCAUCUUUAACAUUUUUACUAGAAUAUUUUUUUACAUUACACUUUUUUCCUGAGCUGUCUCUCUGUCUGUCUUGUUUGUUUGUUUGUUUGUUUGUCUGUCUGUCUCUCUGUCUUGUUUGUUUGUUUGUCUGUCUGUCUGUCUGUCUGUCUCUGUCUUGUUUGUUUGUCUGUCUGUUUGUCUUGUUUGUUUGUCUGUCUCUCUGACUUGUUUGUCUGUUUGUUUGUCUUGUUUGUCUGUCUGUCUCUGUCUUGUUUGUUUGUCUGUCUGUUUGUCUUGUUUGUUUGUCUGUCAGUCUCUGUCUUGUUUGUUUGUCUGUAUGUCUCUCUGUCUUGUUUCUGUCUGUCUGUCUCUCUGUCUUGUUUGUUUGUCUGUAUGUCUCUCUGUCUUGUUUCUGUCUGUCUGUCUCUCUGUCUUGUUUGUUUGUCUGUCUGUUUGUCUUGUUUGUUUGUUUGUCUGUCUGUUUUGUUUGUUUGUCUGUCUGUUUGUCUUGUUUGUUUUUGUCUCUGUCUCUGUCUGUCUUGUUUGUUUGUCUGUUUAUUUUAGUCCACUUGUUUUCAUGUCAUCACUACACUUUCUUUGUUAUUUAUUAACACUAUUGUUUCUGUUUCCUAAACCAAGUUAAGAUUUGUUAAGGCGGGAUUAGGUUCUGGUGGGCGGGGUUUACUUGUCAGUUUAAGGUUUCAUGGGGUGGGGUUACGAUCCCUUUUGGGUGGGGUUAAACUCUAAUGCUUGGGAUUUAGAGCUGGUUGAGCCAGUAGGCGGGGUUACAAUAUUGGGUUUAUGUUUCUGUAGGGCGGAGUUAAUCUAUGACAAAUGUAUGUUUGCCAAAUGAAUGUUUAUAGAUUUUAGAAAUAUGAUUUUUUAUAUAGAAUUUUAAAGACAACCAUGAGUAAAAAUGUAAAUAAGCGUUUAGGAGAGAAACAUGAGAUUAAUCUUUAAACUUUAAUUCCAGUUUUAGUCUCUGUGUGUAAAAGUGCAGGUCAGAUCUUUCUGAGAUCAGUUUAUUACAUUUUACUCCUGAUCUCUUGCUGUAUGUCUCUGGAGGUGUGACGAGGGAGAGAGAGAAUUUCCUCACAUGAUAGUGAUUAGGGGCAGAGGAGUGGACAGUCUGAUCUAUAUGGGAAUGUAUUUCACACACUCUCUCACACUCACACGCACACACUCACACACUCGCGCGCGCGCGCACACACACACUCACACAGUGAGAGAGAGAGAGAGAUUUGAUUUGUCAUUCAGAGAAAACUACAGCUUGUUGAAGAGAACAGAAACAUUUAAAGGUUUAGCUGUAGAAAUGAUGGCAGGAUUCGGUUCCUGUAUGUUUCUGUGUCACCAGCAGGAGGCUCCAGUGGCACAAGUCCUGCUGCUUUAAGUGCAGUGUUUGAUGGACAGAUCAGCCAUGUGGGCGGAGCCUCUGCACAGGUGCAUGCUGGUCCUGACCUGGGCACUGCUGCUGUGUGAGGUUAUCACUGGACGUCUGUGUAACUCACUCAUUAACACAGUGGACAGCUUCCACACCCUCUACGUCCUCAUCGGCAUGAUCAGCUCCAAGCCAGGUGCCGAGGAGAACCCCAGAACCACAGGACCGGGGGAGGUGUUGUGUCCCGACCUCGGCGCUGAGGAGAGCUGCACGUUUCCGCCCUCUGGCGCAUCUCAGUAUGCUAGGUUCCGCCUGCAGCCGGUGGGAGGUCUGAUCUCAGCUCUGAUACUCUCCUCACUCUGUGUGUCUUUCAGCUUCCAUAUCCUCAGCCACACGCUGCAGCCUCAACACAUACAGCGCCCUCUCCUGGCCAUGGCUGUGGGUGCAGUUAGUCUGCUGUUUAAUCUGCUGCUGCUGGUGUGGAGAAGAGCGAGACCAACAGAUGCAGGAGGUUCUCCUCAGCCUGGAGUGCUGAUGUUCUGUAACCGCGGAGUGUCCGGCGUUCUCCGUCCAGACUCUCAGGAUCACACCAAUCCUCCUCAGUACAACUCCAUUUCCCAUGAUUCCUCUCACACAGAAACGUUCAGAGAAGAGUCUCAGAGCAGCAGAAGCUCCUGUCACGCUGGUCAGCAUUGUGACGUGAGCGAGUGCAUGAGGAACAUCAUCACAGUGUUCCACAGCCUCCUGGGUUCUGCUCUGGUUCUGUUGAACGGAUUCCUUCACCUUCUUGGCGUGAGGUUCCAGUGGAGCCGGGACGUGACCAUGUACCUGGACCCGGGGUUCUCCAUGCUCACCACACUGGUUCUGUUAGCGGUGGUGAUUCCUGAGCUCCGGCGUCGCGUCCUCCUCCUGCUGCAGGCGUCUCCACCGGGCCUGUGCACGGAGCAACUGGUGGAGGAGAUCGGGCGUGUCCCCGGUGUCUUAGCCGUGCACGAACUCCACGUGUGGCAGCUGACCGAGACGUGCGUGGUGGCCUCGGUGCACAUCCGCUGGCCGUCGGGUCUGAGCGCGCUUGAGUGUUCUCGACUCCUGAGGAGCGUCACGGAGGUUCUCGGGCGGUUCGGGGUUAAGCGCUGGACCAUACAGCCUGAGUUUCUGACCUCUGACCCCAAGGACGUUGCGUUACAGCCAGACUGCACGCUGCGCUGUGGGAAAGCGUGUGUGAAGAAGAUGUGCUGUUUACCUCCAGAGAAACCUUUCAGUCCCACGUCUGUCCACGUGACCCACAUGAAGCAGGACGUCAUCAUUCAGAACACGAGCUUAUAACAUCGGUCAGAAAUAUUCAGACUCCAUCAGACAUCGCUCUCCAUUUUUACUGCUGUUCCUCAAGAUGGGUCAAAAAUAUUCUCUAUUAAAAUCUUACACAGAUAUUCUCCUCCAAAUAUCAACAUCUCUCUCUCUCUCUCUCUCUCUCCCUCUUGCCAUCUGUCUCUCUCCAUCUCUCUCUCUCUCUCCAUCUCUCUCUCUCUCUCUCUCCAUCUCUAUCUCUCUCCAUCUCUCUCUCUCUCUCCCUCUCUCUCUC